GAAGCCAUCCAACAAACCAAGUCACUCUUGCUGUCCCACACAUAGGUGCUGCUUUGGGUGGUUUGAUAAAGCUACAGCCAAAAUGAGCAAGCCUGUGAAGAUUGGACCAUGGGGUGGGAAUUCUGGCAGCGAGCGUGAUGUCCAGCCAAAGCCCACCCGUAUGGGCAUCAAGUGGGGUGGCACUGGUGGCACGGAAGAUACGAUUAAUCUAGACGCUACCAACUAUGUGACGGAAAUCUCCGGGACGGUGGGUAAAUUUGGGACCGACGACAUCGUCACGUCUCUUAAAAUUGUCACCUCCAAGGGGGUUACCAAGACAUACGGCUCAGGUACCGGGACUCCUUUCCGCGUCCCAGUGCUUGACGGGGGUAAGAUCGUCGGCUUCUUUGGACGCGCCGGUGCCUUCCUGGAUGCGAUUGGGUUCUACAUUUCUCCAUGAAUGGUUGGUUGAUGCACACUUCUUGGCCGGCCACCUAGCCAAUGAAGGAAGGAGUGUGUACCGUAUGUGACGUAGUACUGGCAGCACCUGCUUGCUAGAAUAAAUAAACUUGCAAGUGCUUUGCAUGGCACUUUUGCAUAUGUGUGUGAUAAUGUGUGACGCCAUGAUCCUCAAGUCGUGGGAUGGCACGACAAGUGUGUGCGGAUCGUACGUGGCGCUGGUCUUCAGGCUAGUUAUUAGCCGAGGCAUGCGUUGCGUUGUAAAGGCGUACAUGUAUGAAUAAAAGAAGUUUGUUGCAA